CGGCCGCCUGUCAGAGGGAGGUGGGGAUGGUGCGCCCGGUGGUGGCGGCGGCUGUGGCGGCUUCCCUGGUCCGAGGGCAGGGAGGAGAAGAUGACUGACCGACCGACUGCCUGAAUGAAUGAAUGGCGGAGCCGAGCGCGCCAUGAAGAGCCUGCCGAGCCUGGGCGGCCUCGCCCUGUUGUGCUGCGCCGCCGCCGCCGCCGCCGCCUCAGCAGCCUCGGCGGGGAAUGUCACCGGUGGCGGCGGGGCCGCGGGGCAGGUGGACGCGUCGCCGGGCCCGGGGCUGGGGGGCGAGCCCAGUCACCCUUUCUCUAAGGCGACGGCUCCCACGACGCCGGCCCCGAGGACCGGACCCCCGCGCGCCACCGUCCAUCGACCCCUGGCUGCGUCCUCUUCAGCCCCGUCCCCGGAGACCACCCCUCCUCGGGCCACGGCCGGACCCGCGCCGACCACCCUCUGGACGACCGCUGGCCCGGCGCCGACCACUCCUCCGGCGGUGGAACGCCUUCCGACUACCCCUCGGGCGCCGACCAGACCCGCGCCGACCACCCUCUCAACGACCACUGGCCCGGCGCCGACCACCCCGGUAGCGACCACCGAUCUGGCGCCCAGCCCUCCGCUGACCCCGACCCGCCUUCCCCCCGGCCGCCGCGCCAGCGUCCCGCCCGCCCCACCUGUCACCGAGGCCCCCUCCUCGCCUCCCCCAGAAUACAUGUGUAACUGCUCUGUGGUUGGAAGCCUGGAUGUGAAUCGCUGCAACCAGACCACAGGGCAGUGUGAGUGUCACCCAGGUUAUCAGGGUCUUCGCUGUGAAACCUGCAAGGAGAGCUUUUACCUGAAUCAUACUUCUGGGCUCUGUCUGCCAUGUGACUGUAGUCCACAUGGAUCCCUCAGCAUGUCCUGCAACAGUUCUGGGAAAUGCCAGUGUAAAUUGGGUGUCACCGGCUCUACCUGUGAUCGAUGCCAAGAUGGAUAUUAUGACUUUAGUAAGAAUGGCUGCUUGCCCUGCCAGUGCAAUAAUCGGUCUGCCAGUUGUGAUGCCCUCACAGGUGCUUGUUUAAACUGCCAGGAAAAUAGCAAAGGGGAUCACUGUGAAGAAUGCAAAGAAGGAUUUUAUCAGAGUCCUGAUGUCACUAAAGGCUGUCUUCGCUGCCCUUGUUCAGCAGUGACAUCUACGGGCAGUUGUAUCAUAAACUCGGGUGAAUUGGAACCUACAUGUGUCCAAUGCAAAGAUGGUUACACAGGCCAGAACUGCAAUAAAUGUGAAAACGGCUAUUACAAUUCUGACAGCAUCUGUACAAAGUGCCAGUGUCAUGGCCAUGUGGACCCAAUUAAAACUCCAAAGAUUUGCAAACCCGAGAGUGGUGAGUGCAUCAACUGCCUCCAUAACACCACUGGGUUUCGGUGUGAGAACUGCCUAGAAGGUUAUGUUCGAGACCGCGAGGGAAAUUGCAUCAAGAAAGAAGUUAUUGUUCCAACACCUGAAGGUUCUACCAUUUUGGUUUCCAAUGCCUCUUUGACCACAUCAGUGCCCACCCCUGUUAUAAAUAGUACAUUUACCCCUACAACCCUGCAGACUAUCUUUUCAGUAAGCUCUGCUGAAAACAGCACGUCAGCUUUAGCUGAUGUAUCAUGGACCCAAUUUAACAUCAUCAUUUUGACAGUCAUCAUCAUUGUGGUGGUGCUGCUGAUGGGAUUUGUGGGAGCUGUAUAUAUGUACCGGGAGUACCAAAACCGGAAACUCAAUGCUCCCUUUUGGACCAUCGAGCUGAAGGAAGACAAUAUCAGUUUCAGCAGCUACCAUGACAGCAUUCCCAAUGCAGAUGUGUCAGGAUUGUUGGAAGAUGAUGGCAACGAAGUGGCUCCCAAUGGGCAACUGACCCUGACGACACCCAUGCAUAACUACAAAGCCUAAGGAGCUAGAACUCUUCUCCUGGAUUGUUAGACCACAGCGCUUACUAAGACAGCAACAGCCCCUGGGCCAGAAAAAGCCUGGGUAGCAUUUGCUGAGAAAGCAAAGGCGUAUAGUGCAUCUGAAAUUUCAGGUACAAAUGUGUAAUGCACUUAGCCUAUUACUCUUAGUUUUCCCAUGAAGAUCUGAAGUAGUCACUGUCAAUAAGGACUUGAAGUAAAGUAUAUUUUUGUACCAAACCACAUGGGAGUAUAGAAAGGCUCAACCCCAUAGUGCAGCCCAAAUCCACUUGACCUCGGGUUAGACUCCUGGGGAAGUGUUCACCAAACCAGUGGAAACAGGAUGAUGGAUGUGGAGGGGGAAAGGACUGCCAGAAGACUUCAUCUCCAUUCCUGAAACACAUUUUUUUAAAGGGUCAGGCAUGAUAUUCAUUUUACUCUACUAAAAGACAUCAUUGAGGAGAAGCUGAUGUCUGGGCUGUAUCACAAUAAAUAAUCUUUAGUGUUUCUAGAAUAAGGACAGAAAGGUUCUAAGAAGAUCUUUAGAAGGAUUUGAUUUUUCCUUCCAGAAUUCUUACUCAAUAUGGGAUUAAAGCACAGGAUAAGCUUCUAAUGGUAAAGAGAAGAGGGCAACAUUUGGAAGCAGGAAGCUGGUGGUCCUCCUUAGGGUCUCAGUGUAAAUGAUAAAUUGUCUAAAAACAGGAAAUUUUCCUGCCUCUAGAGAAAUAAGGUGUAUAUAGUUAAUGUAGCAUAUCUGGUCAACAUUGUAUUUGUAUCUAUUUGUAAAAAAAAAAUCAUGUCAUAUUUUAUCAUCUAGAAUUAUUUGUACAGCAGUUAAUGGCAUUGUAAAAAGAGAAUAUGGGGAUUGGUUAAAAUCCUGUAAAAUAGAUGACAAUAUUGCUAGAGCUGGGACUCUGGUGAGCAUCCGUCAUUUUUAGUCCCUCUUUGGACGUUGUUGAAAUUUAUAAGGGGUUGAAUGUUUCUAAUCUUUCUUUCCGUUUCUCAAUGUAAAAGUAGAGUGAUAUGUUCUUUGACUUACUAUAGAUUCAAGCAAUAGAUUUUGAAGUCAACGAUCGUUAAGCUGGGACACAGGCUGUGCUUUCCAAACUACUCACCUAAUUAGACAUUAGCCACUCUAUACAUUUUACAUAGAUUAAUGUAGAACAUAUCCUCAUUAAAAAGUGGUUUUUUUAAAAUGUAAAAGAUAGUCUUCCAAAGGAAUUAGAAAUAUUUUAGUUCCAAAAGAAAACCCAUCAUAUCACUUGGGAUCCCCUUUCAUGCCUGUGAAAUAUUUAUAUCCUCCCUCUCCCUCCUAAGAAAUGCUUCCUACCUGUGACAUCGCCCCUCACUCAUGCGCCGCGAGGUGUGUGCCAUCUCUGUGCAGUGCUACAGUUCUCCUGUUUCUGCUCGUCUGGCUGGAGGGUGCUCUGUGGUUGAGUAAGGAGAGGUAGUCCUUGCUUAGAGACACAGUUUUUUCCUAGGGGCCAUUUACUGUUGUUCUCAUCUGUUAGGAUAUUGACAGAUUGUGGACUAAGCAAGCCAGGAAAAGCAGCUAGAAGUCACAUAUACAUCUUGAUUAGGAGGAACAGCAAACUUUCAAGUGGUUAGAAAAAAGGCAAAGACCUAUUCAAUUAGACCUAGGAAAUCCAAGUUCACAACUCUUCCUAACUUCCCCAGAGAAAAACCUGGAAUUUGGUCAUCCCUGUGUAGGAGACCACUAAGUUGCUCUCAGGGUUUGGAGAUGAUGCUCUGGAGGAUGUGCAGGCAGAUAAUCUACUUGUGGUAACCUGAAGUGCUCUGAAUAUUUGGCCAUUGCUCAUGAGAGUUGGUAUUUACAUUCAUUAUAUUAGAAUUAAUUAAUAUUUCUAUAACCUUUUACAGUUUGCAAAGCAUCUUCCCAUAUGUGUGUCCUUUGUUCCUCACCAUAGCCGCCUGAGGAAGUAAUUGUUGUCCCCAUUUUAUAGAUGAGGUUAAAUGCCUUGUUCAAGGCUAUGCAAUAUGUCAUCAUUGGGCUUGGCAUCAGGAUUCCUAAUGUCCUGCCAACUACAGGCCAAUAGCCGUGGACUCAAGAAGCCUGCGAGGGCCAGUCCUGUCUGUGGGUGUUUCUGACUUUUCUAAGUGCAAGGUGCAGUCUGGGGCCACAUGCCUGUGAAGGGCUUUGUGGAAAGAACACAGGAGGAGUACUCUCUGAAGCCACGACUGGUGAUAAGCAAAUAAAAUACCAGUUUGUGCUUCAUUAAAGUGAACUAAUCCUUCCAAGCAGGGAGGGCAAACCUCGUCCCCAGCAGCUGCCACGUAUGUGUGUACAGACUUUGCACUGCAUAAUUCCAAGGAAUUCUGCAAAGUGGCAUACCUGCCUUUCUCCCAGACUACCAGCUCCUCAAAGCCAGGGGUUGAGAGGGUGAGAAAUAAACAUUUGUUAAACAGAAGUGAACUCAAUAGAGAAAGAAGGCGUGUUUGUUGGCGUCUGAGAGCCAAAGCCAAAUGGUCCGGAUUCUGGCCAUGUAGUGAUUCCUUGAAGCAGACCUUAAAAGGUAUUGCAAAAAUUGAAUCACAAAGAACGUUUACCUUUCAAUACUUAUGAACAGUUCCUUGCUUAUGUUUUUAAUUUUUCCCAAUGGAAAAAAAAUCAAAGUCUUAAUAUUUGUUUUAAAUAAUGUUCUUUAGCAUCCCCUCCUUUCUGUUGGUGAAAGUAAUUUUGCUUUAAAAGAUAAAUCAAUCAUGAAGUGAUGUACCACCUAAAUCAGACCAGGAGACUAGUGUGGGGUACAUUACACGCCACUCAUUCCUCUAAGGCCUCAUCCCCAUGCCACGGCGUUCUGCCCCAGGAGCCCAUUAGUCCUUCAGAAAGACUGAUAUUGGAAGAGUUUUUGUCUAAGGAUUAUAAGUUUGUUUAUUUUCCAGUAAGAUAGGAUGAGUGUGAAUCUUAUGGAUAAAUGACAGAUACUGCUAUUAAGUGAUACGCUUGUCUGCAUUAAUAAGCCCUUAUGCACUUCUGACAUGCACAUGCUCUAGGUUGUGUUAAGUCUGUCUGUCCUCCCUUGCUUCCCCUCCCUUCCUCCUUCCACCUUCCAGCUCCCAGCAGUCUCCUAUUAGUGGAAUUUCUCCAGUUAUAGAGAAAAAUGACAAUGAAAACUAGCCAUCAUUUAUACUAAGAUCCUGUGGACUUAGUGUGUCACUCUUAAGGAUACCUGAAUUUUAAGAGAGGAGAACAGAGCUGACGUGGGAUGGGACGAGAGAUUUUUGGGAGAGGAUUUGUAGAAGAGUCGAAUUACGUGGCUACUCUCUAGCUCCAAUAUGCCUGGGAAAAUUGGCCUUUAAAGCAAUGCUCACUGACCUGCUAGUUCGUUUUGGUCAGCUGAGCGCCUUCAGGGUCUUUGGCCCUCCUCUGCUGCUUUGGAGGCAGAGAGCUACAGCAUCCGUCCUUCCUCCUGACAGCCUCUGCUGGGCCUGGAGCGUUAGACCUUUCCCUCUGGUCCUCUGUUUUUUGUAGGACACGUGGUGAACAUCACACCACUUAUCAUGAACAUUCCCUGGUUCUUAUGUUUGAGGUAUGUGGAUAGCAGUUGAAUUUACACAUCUCAAGGAAAGCUCUCUGACGAAAGUUUAGAGAAGUAAAAAGCAACCCAACGUAAGCUGUUAGAGCAGGGAAAGCAUUUCUGGCCUCAUCCAUGAUGAACCUUUUGGUCUGUUAUGAUCUUCUUGAUAGUAAGGAGUUUGGGAGCUAAAAUGAGUUUGGUGUGUGCAGGGGAGAAAUGGAAAGUUAAUGCAAGUUUUCUCUUUAACCCUGAGCCAGUGACUAUGCCAAGGGGAAGAGCAGGAAGGAUACACUGAUUCAUCUAAAGAAGUCAAUAGCAAAUGGACUAAAGGUUAUGGAUCAUUAAAAUGUCAGUGGUUGAAUGAUGCUUUUUCAAAGGCAGGUGGGAAUCUUUCUUACUUGUUCCUUAUGCGUACAUGGUAACUGUGACAGCAGCCCUGGAAUGUCAGCCAGGGCUUCAGAUCUCAGUCCAAAAGCUAAAUGAUUUAAAGUUAAGUUUUAAUACUAGGCACAAGCACUCUGUAAUACGUUAAAUUUCAGCCCAAGCAAUUAGGAAAUGUUUCUGAAACAUUAGACUUAUAUUUAUGUCACUAAAAUUCUAACACAAAUUUUAAAACCGUGUCUCAUACAUAUGCUGUACUAGGCUUCCUGAUGCAUUUCUAAAUUUGUGUAUGAUUUGAAUAUAUGAAAGAAUUUAUACAAGAGUGUUAUUUAAAAUUAUUAAAAAUAAAUGUAUAUAAUUUGUACCUAU